UGCACAUACAGAUACUAAACACUCACAAAUGACAUCAAUCCCGAUUCUUUCGUCUUUAUUUAUAUAUAGCUUUCAAGAUUCUUUUUUUCUCACAUAUUUUUUUAUACAUAUAUAGCCAUUAACUAAUUAUAUCUUCGUGCAUUUGUUCAACUGAUUUUGCUUCAAGUUUGUGGUGAAGAUGGGGAGAUUUCCUUUGUGGGUUCUUGUUUUUGUGUUGGUUUUUGUUAAAAUGGUGGUGGCAACAAGAGGUGGAAAUGCAGAAGAUGUAAAGGUUUGGCCUUUGCCGUAUUCUGUGUGCCAUGGCCAGAAAAAAAUGUACAUGAGUGGAGAUUUCAAGUUGUUGAGCCAUGGAAGCAAGUUCAGCGACGCUUCUGGGAUUUUGAAAGAUGGGUUCGCUCGGUUUGUUGAUCUUUUGAAGUUGGCUCAUGCUGUUGAUGGUAAUGUUUCCAAGUAUGAUAAUUCCUCCAUUUUUGUGGGUUUGAAUGUGGUCAUUUUAACUCAACAUGAUGAGUUACAAUAUGGGGUUGAUGAGUCUUAUAAGUUAUUGGUUCCAUCUCCUGAGAUGCCGGCUUAUGCGCAAAUUGAGGCGCAGACAGUUUACGGGGCUUUACAUGCUCUUCAGACCUUGAGCCAAAUAUGUCAAUUCAACUUCAAGUCCAGGAUAAUUGAUGUUCCAAUGACACCAUGGACCAUUUCUGAUAAGCCAAGGUUCCCUUUCCGAGGGCUCUUAAUUGAUACAUCUCGACAUUAUCAACCAGUUCCAGUGAUUAAGAGUGUUAUUGACUCUAUGGCCUAUGCAAAGCUGAAUGUGUUGCACUGGCACAUUGUAGAUACGCAAUCUUUUCCUUUGGAGAUACCUUCAUAUCCAAAACUUUGGGAUGGUGCAUAUUCAGUUUCUGAAAGAUAUACAAUGACUGAUGCUGCUGAAAUUGUGAGUUACGCUCAAAAACGAGGAAUCAAUGUAUUGGCUGAGAUAGAUGUUCCGGGACAUGCUUUCUCUUGGGGCGUUGGCUAUCCUUCUUUGUGGCCAUCAAAGGACUGUCAGCAGCCACUUGAUGUCAGCAAUGAUUUUACAUUCAAAGUGAUAGAUGGGAUACUUUCAGAUUUCAGUAAAGUCUUUAAAUUUAAAUUUGUUCACUUGGGAGGUGAUGAAGUCAAUACAAGUUGCUGGAGAACGACUUCUCACAUAUCGAAAUGGUUAAAACAGCAGGGGAUGAAUGAAUCCGAAGCGUAUCAGUACUUUGUCUUGAAAGCUCAGAAAAUAGCUCUCUCCCAUGGAUAUGAACUAGUUAACUGGGAGGAGACAUUCAACAACUUUGGGAAAAAAUUGAGUCCAAAAACUGUGGUUCACAACUGGCUUGGAAGUGGUGUUGCUGAAAAUGUUGUUAAGGCUGGACUAAGGUGCAUUGUAAGCAACCAGGACAAGUGGUAUUUGGACCACUUGGAUACUCCAUGGCAGCAGUUCUAUUUGAAUGAACCACUAACAAAUAUCAAAGAAUCUAGCCAACAGAAAUUAGUUAUCGGUGGUGAGGUUUGCAUGUGGGGUGAAACAGUCGAUGCCUCAGAUAUUCAGCAAACGAUAUGGCCACGUGCUGCAGCAGCUGCUGAGCGAUUAUGGACACCGUAUGGUAAGCUGGCAAAGGAUACAACACUAGUUACUGGAAGGCUGGCUCACUUCAGGUGUUUGCUAAAUCAAAGAGGAAUUGCAGCUGCUCCACUUGCUGCAGGCGGUCGUGGUACUCCCUAUGAACCUGAUUCCUGCUAUAAGCAAUAAUAAGCUGAAACACAGUCCCAACUUUUGCUGGUUAAAAUGCAACUGUGCUUCAAAAUUACACCCAUUCUUAAUGUCCUUGAAAUAAUGAAACCGCUUAAAAAUCAAUGCUGUCCUUCUGCGCCAUUUUCUGCUUGCAUCGUAAACAGUUAUCUUGAACUUAGACCAUUGAUUCAAUGCAGGAUGUUAGUGAUCAUAACUGUACAUUCCCAGAAAUUUGAAAAGUGGUUUGGUUGUGUCUUUCGUCUUGCUUUUCUUUUUGAGGAAUCAAUCUUCAAUGUCUACGACUCAGCAAAAUCGGAAAGUACAUAUAAUUUUUACUUCAUUUAGCAAGUAAAGGUUGGUGGUUGACAGGUUCAUACUUUCCACAGGCAUAUUUUGCUCGAUUAGUUUGAACGGUUUCAUGAUAUGUUACGUAAAUGUAUGCACGUA